AUGAGCACAGAGGGUGCUGGCAACCAGACCUCUCCCACUCCCCCUCUCCUUGGGCUUCUGGUUUCAACCACCGAGCUGGUUCCACCCAGUACCGCAUCCCCUGAGAUAGCAGACCCGCUGCCUGUCAUCGUCACGCUCGUCUGCAUCUUCCUCCUCCUGGCGACCUUCCUCAUCUUUGUCACCCUCUGCAAGCCAACGGCGCUGGACCAGUCCCGCUCUGGGCCCCGCGAGUGCAUGCCCCAUCACCCGGCGGAUGCCAGCGAGCCCCAGCUGAGGCUCUGGAAGCGGCUGGGCUCCCUGCGCCGCUCCAUCAACACCUUCAGGAGGAGUCGGCCGGUGUCCCAGAGCCAGCUCGCCUGCCCCAGGAGCUCUCCCGCCAGCCAGGACUGGGACGUCAUGGAGUCCACCAAAAUGUGA